AACAUUAUUAUGCCUUUCUAGCUACAUUGCGUGCGAGCGGUCGGUGCAGUCCCUAGACCUGAAGGGUAGUGUUCGCGCCUUGGCCUUACUGUACUGACGAACCUCGGCCAGCCUUUCGUAACAUUUACUUUGAUUUAGUCAACCCUAUUUGUUCCCGGGACAACUGUGUUGACACCUUCGACGCUCACGCUUCUGUAACCCGCGGCAACCUUGACGCCAGGUUCCUCAAGGUCGGCCUGUGAAGGGCCUUGAGAGAUAUGAAGUAUGCCAUAGAAUUCAUCAGUCCUUAGGCUGCUAGGGGCAGCCUUCUGUGAAGCGUCACCCUCCAGUUAACUAGCCAGGCCACAUUUGGGGAAGUUUAACCAGCUGCAUUGCAAGCAAUGGGGCCCUGGGAUCGCUUGGUGGAGAACAUCUCGUCUCGCCUUGCUUUCUUUCCGCCGCAACCACCUACUUAUGACGUGCGAGAACACCAAGAUGGAACUGGAGAAUUGUAUCUCCACCCGCUCGCUCCCGACGUCCCCCGGGUGCCCCAAUGCAAGGUCAAGGUGAUUCCAGUGCCGCCUUUGAAACGUGGCGGCGGCAGCACGCGCGUUGUAACCGCUUUCUUUCGGUACGGAAGCCACGGCAGCAGCAGCAAGGCGGCUGCGGCUGCCACGGGCGGCUCCGCUGUCUCGUCUCCUCAGCCGCAGCGGGCGCAGCAGCAGCAGGAGCGGCUGACGCUGCUGUACAGUCACGGCAAUGCAGUCGACCUGGGGCACAUGCUGCCGGUGUACAGGGAGCUCUCCCGGCUGCUCAAGGUCAACGUCAUGGGCUACGACUACAGCGGCUACGGCUGCAGCACCGGCACACCCACCGUCAACAACACCCUGGCAGACAUCUCGGCCGUACUGCAGUGCCUGCAGGAUUCGUACGGCAUCCCACCCAGCCGUGUCGUACUGUACGGCCAGAGCGUGGGCAGCGGUCCGUCGUGCUACCUGGCUUCGGAGCGUGCUGACCUGGGGGGUGUGGUGCUGCACUCGCCGCUGCUGAGCGGGGUGCGGGUGCUGAAGCCGCAUGUCAAGUGGUGGCCGGCGUGGGCGGAUGUGUACCCGAACCACACGUUGGCGCCCAAGAUACGCGCGCCGGUUCUGGUGAUGCAUGGCACCGAGGACGAGGUGAUCCACAUCUCGUGCGGCAAGCGGCUGCUGGAGCUCUGCCCCAACAAGGGCACACCGCUGUGGGCCGCAGGGUACGGACACCAGGACUUGGAGAUGUGUUCCGGCUACCUGCCAACCCUGGAGGCGUUCCUUGCCAAGGUCAACUCCGCUCAGCAGCAGCAGCAGCAGGCCAAGCAGUAGCAGUAGCACAGCUGGUGCUGGUGCGGGCGCUGGUGUGGUUUACUACGCUGGCGGAGCCUAGCAGUUGCGGCCCCGGACUUGCGGCCGAAGCUUUUGAUAACCGCUGAGCAUAACUAGGAAAGAGCUGGCCGUGCAGGGAGCCCUGGCAUCAUCAUUUGGCCCUAGCCGCAGGCCGUGGGGAUGCCUCGCGGUCGAUGCGUCCCAGGUUUUUCUGUUAGCUGAAGAGCCCGUCAUUUCUCCUAGUUAAAGAGCCCGUUAAGGCCGAAAGGUAUGGACACUCCUGCAACUCCUUGUGGUCUCACCGAGCUCCGGGGGCAGGCAUGGCGGUGGUUUAAGGAGACGGACGCAGUUCAGGGGAGGCGCGCGGAAUGCGAGGUGCACAUGUAAACCAAGGCCGGGAUGGUUCCCGGGUGAAGGUGGUUGCUUGGUGUCUGCGUGCAGUGAAGAUCGUCGAGGAAUAGGUUGGAUGGGUGUUAAGGUGAAGCGUGUUGCAGCCAUACGUCUUCCUGCGCCGAUUAGGGGUUGGAGCUCCUGCAGAGCAUGUAUGCCUGUUACGGGUGCUGUGGUGGGGGAACUAGAUGUGGAAGAUGUGAACAUGAGGCGGAACGAGGCGGGGGGAAUGCUGGUUAGCUUGCGGCCUAUGCAGUUAGUAUGUGCUUACCCAGGUUUACCGUGACUUCUAUUACCAAACGUAAGAUCGUAAUGGAGGCGAGAGAUGAGGAGACUUUAUGCAUGAUCGAGAGACUGUCUAGAUAACGGACGAAUGACCAGGCAGGAUACGUCGUGUUGAAGUGGCCUUCAGGGCCUUUGAAGUGUCUCGGGUUUGCACCAUGCGCUAUGGGAGUGUUGCGGAAAGGGCGCUGCGAACGGGUGCUUCACUUCAGACUUGACCCAUUGUCAAGACUUUCAUGGUUCACUCGCCGUACAGUUGUUCCGGCAUGCUCCGAAGGGCCACUGCUCCUCGCUGUGCGAAUGCGAGGAGUGUUGUUAGAGGACUAGAGCAAGGUGGCGCGCAGGCACUUGCGCAUUAGCAGUGUAACCCUGACCCCAAUUGUGCAGAUGGCAUAGGAGAAUGUGCAUGAGGCAUUGGAGCGCUCAGGUGCCUAGGGCUAUUUUCUGUUUGUUUGGCUUGAUUGAUAUGCUGAGGACAUGGGUAUUUAGGAACGGCAUGGAAGCGCCUGACAUGUGCAGGACCGUGCUGAUUUGAGUCCUGUCGUGUGCGCUGGUGAGCGAAUGGGAUUGAAUCUACAGGCCUCAAGUGGCAUGGGUUGUCGUAGGUCACGCCAGGGGGUGGUUCCAGCAAUAAGGAACUAUGCAAUAUUGU